ACAGCGAGCGGAUAAUAGUGAAGUUACUUGUAAAACAAGUGAUUCCCCAUAGUUCCGGGCUAGUUCCAGUCUGUCAACAGAGACAGAUAACGCGGGUCACUACUGCCACUACUAACCAGAAUCAUUAAAUUUUCUCCGUUUAGCGAGCGGUUGUGCGUGGAUUCAGGAUCAGGCGGGAUCAGGAGCAAAUAGAAGCAUCAUGGCAGACAACACGGCUUAUGUAGAGGAAGAAAUAAAGCCGCGCAGCUAUCAGCUGCGCCUCGUUGAUCAUAUUACCAAGAACAAUGGGAUCAUCUAUUUGCCGACCGGAUCUGGCAAAACAUACGUGGCCAUAAUGGCCCUAAAGCGAUUCUCAAAAGACAUGGACAAAUCAAUCGAGGAGGGCGGAAAGCGUGCUCUUUUUAUGUGCAACACCGUCGAGCUGUCCCGCCAGCAGGCCGUGGCCGUGAAGAAGUAUACAAAUCUCAAAGUAGGAUUCUUCGUGGGAGAACAGGGUGUCGACGAAUGGUCGAAAUCAAAGUGGUGUCACGAAAUAAGCGAAUGCCAAGUUCUGGUGGGCACAGGCCAAGUCAUAUUGAAUAUGUUCACCCAGAAGGUUAUGGAGCUGAGCUCUGUGAGCAUUGUGAUUAUAGACGAGUGCCACCAUGGCACUGGCAGCCACCCCUACCAUGAGUUCAUGCAUUUAUUCUUGCUUGCUGCUAAGGGCACGCCGUUGCCGCGCGUUGUUGGGCUGACAGGUGUCCUCAUCAAAGGCAAGGAAAGUAAUGUUUUUCACAAGCUCAAAGAACUGGAGACGACCUACAGAAGUAACAUCGUCACUGUGUCCGACACGGAGGAGUUCAAGAACGUGAUGCUGCACUCCACACAACCAAAGGAAUUGUUAUUGCCAUAUGCAGUGCAAGGUGGGACGCAUCAAGUCGUCCACACCAUACAUAAAAAAAUUGAAAGAUUUAACGCACUGCUAGACAUAGUGGAAAUUGGCCAACAGCCGAAGCGCUAUUCCAAGGGAAUGAAGCACCUGCUAGAUCCCAAUAAGAAAAAAUAUGUUAAAUCAAAGUUUAACGAUUUUGAGUACCAACUGGCACAUUACGGCGCAUACGCGGCAUCCAUGGCCAUUGUAUCGGUUGCUCUGGAGUUCGAAGUGAAGCUGCACCAGUCGGAAACCAUUUCCCUGAGCAACAUUUACAAGUUGGCCAUCAACCUGUGCAACCGCAUCCGUCACAUACUAGUCGAUAUGCUCCGCAAUAAUCUCGACGAGGAUACGGAUCCGGAUACCGCUAUCCACACAGAGCAGACCAUCAUGAACUAUUCGAUGCCCAAUGUGCAAGUAUUGUUGCAUUACGUAAAACAAACGUUCUCCGGAAAGGAGGCCAAGGAUAUUUGCUGCUUGAUCUUUGUCGAGCGUCGAUAUACGACCAAGUGCAUAUACCAAGUGCUCAAAAAGUUCAUUGAGGUCACACCGGCGCUACGCAAUGUCCUCGUACCGCAGUUUAUGGUGGGCCGCAACUCAAUUUCAGCGGAUUGUGAAAGCCUGUUGCAGCGAAAGUGUCAAAAAUCGGCCAUUGGCCAAUUUAGGGAUGGCGAAGCCAACCUAAUGGUCUGCUCCAGCGUUCUGGAGGAAGGCAUAGAUAUAAAGGCAUGCAAUUACGUGUUGAUCCUGGAUCCGCUGAAGACAUUCAAUAUGUACGUGCAGACGAAGGGUCGGGCACGAUGCAAGGAAGCCCAGUUUGUGGUUUUUUGCUCACAUAUGGAGAAAAUUCAAGUCAACAAGCAGAUUAAUCAAUAUCGCAAGACGCAUGCCGACAUCGGCGAGUAUUUAAAAGAUCGCGUGCUCGAGCGUUCCGAGCCCUUAAUGCACGAUAUAGCCGAUCACUUCCACGAUUCGAUUCAACCAUUCAUAAACGAACACGGUGCCGUGCUGCUGCCCAGCUUGGCCCUGAUGCUUCUCCAUCGCUACUGCCAGAGUUUACCCACGGAUGCCUUUGGUUUCGUGCAGCCCUGGAUGACAUUGCUCACUGAGCAGCAGCUCAAGGAUCUCUUUGGCACAGGGGCCGCAUUGAAAGAAGUUGUCUCCGUCGAGCUUCCGCUCAGCUCGUCCAUUAGGGAAACUAUUCAUGGCGAUCCAAUGUCCUCCGUUAGGGCAGCCAAAAUGUCGGCAGCAUUUAAGACCUGCAUUAAACUGUUCAAUGCGGGGGAGCUCAACGACCACUUCCUACCGGUCUCGCUAAAGGAGCGGGUAGCUGGCAUAGCCGACUUCCACUUUGACCACUGGAAGAAAUACAACGACGAUGUGGUCAAUACGGUGAGCAAGAAAAAAGAAACUGAGGAGAAACAUUCUACCUAUAAGAAGGCUUAUCCGACGGAGUUCUACGAUUGCCGGCCACGGGUGGGCGAAGUCUGUUAUGCCUAUGAGAUAAUUUUGGAGCCGCAGUUCGAGCGGAACGACUACACGGAGCACAUGCACGACAAUCUGCUGACGGGCAGGAACAUGGCGCUGCUGCUAAGGAAGCAGCUGCCGCCUCUCUCCGAGAUGCCGCUGUUCUGCAACCAAGGCCCGUUGCAUGUGCGUGUGAAUGAGCAGCCGCGCGAGCUGGUUAUUUCGACUGCGGAGCAGCUGGAGCAGCUGCAUCAGUUCCAUGCGAUGCUGUUCCGCGACCUGUUGAAGAUCUGGCGCCCCUUCUUUGUGCUGGAUCGUUUUAGCAAAAAAAAUUCGUACUUCGUGGUGCCUUUGGCCGUGGGCUCAGUGGGUCAGAAUGUGGUGGACUGGCCGCUGGUCCGUCAGUUCCAGCGUCUGCCCCUCCCGGUGCCUGUCAGCGUGAAGCAGCGCCAGGAGCAGCCAGCGCCCCGUCCAGAAGACCUUGAGGGCAAAAUUGUGACCCGGUGGUAUGCGAACUUCUCAAGCAAGCGAAUGCUCGUGCACAAGGUGCGCAGAGACCUGACACCGCGCAGCACGAUGGAGAGCAAAAACGGGAGCAUGAGCUAUGGCGAGUUCACCACGUCCAAGUAUGGCAAUCACAUCGGCGGUGUGGUGCACAUGGACCAGUGCCUGAUCGAGGUGCGCGAGCUUACCGAUCAGCUGAACUUCUAUGUCCAGCAGCGGGGCAAAACGUCGGCCCAGAGCAAGGCCAGGGGCAAGAUCAUCCUCAUACCGGAGCUCUGCUUCAACUACGAUUUCCCCGGUGACCUUUGGAUUAAGGCCCUGUUUCUUCCCAGCAUCUUGAACCGCUUCCACUACCUGCUGCACGCUGAGGACUUGCGGAAGCGCUUCAAUACCUUCAUGGGUCUGCAGCGUCUGCCUCAGAAUGGAGUCGACUACAGGCCAAAGCGCUUGGAAAUCGACUGGUCGCUGCGCCGCAAUGUGGAUCCCCACGGCAAUGCCGUGCCCAACGAAGAUGUCGAAGAGCCGCGCUCCAUUCUGGAGCCCAUGGCCACCAAAGGAAUUGAGAUGGGCGUAAAAAACCUGCAUAUAAGCGACUUACAAGAGCCUUGGAAGCACUACCUUGAGCCCGUAGACCUAUCCCGGAACUUCAUGUCCUCCUACAGAGUGGAGGUGAACUAUUACAACCUAUUCGUCACCGGCAAAGUAACGUCCAUCGACAAAAUGGAGCUCGAAGACAAGGAGUACUGGCUGCAGACACAGUUCAAGAUGCCCAAAAGGGGCAUCUAUGAUACGAGGAGCCCGGCAAGGCUACCAGUGGCUCGACCAGCACUGCUGCCGCCAGAAAGCUCGGCGACCAGUCAGCAGUCGGUGAAUGUGUUGCCGAUUCUGCUGAAGAGCGUCUCCGAUGAACACAUCUCUCCGGCCCAUCAGGGGGAGUUCCUGGCGGCCAUCACCACAGCGGGCAGUGCAGAUGUGUAUGACAUGGAGCGACUGGAGCUGUUGGGCGACUCGUUCCUCAAGAUGAGCAGCAGUCUGUACCUGGCCAGCAGGUAUCCCGACUGGAACGAGGGCACGCUCACGCAGGUCAAGUCGAUGCUGGUGUCCAACAAGAAUCUGAUGUACUGCCUCAGGGAUACCGAUAUUCCCAGUCGCAUUAGCUGCAGCCUGUUCGAUCCCAGAAUAUCGUGGCUACCGCCCAGCAUUGGUAUACCCGAAAAUAUCCUGGCAUUGCGCACGGAGCAGCCGAGCCUUGCCAAACUGAUUGGACCCCACAAUCUAUUGGAUCUGCAGCUGGUCGAGGAGGAGAUUCAGUCGGGUCGUUGCAGCGAGUCCACCUAUCGUCGCUUCGAGCAGAGCUGCAAAGGCAAUCAGCACGACCAUUAUGCCGGGCAAGACUUCUCCUCCGACGUGAAUUACUGCUUUGAAGAGGCCACUAUACCGAACAAGGUCGUGGCCGACACCCUGGAGGCCCUGCUGGGGGUCAUUGUGAGGAACUAUGGACUACAGCAUGGCUUCCGCAUGCUCGAAUACUUUGGCAUUUGCAAACCAGACGAGGGUAAGCCACUCACACAGCUGCUCGAUCUUGAGCUGAAGAGCGCCAAGAUGAGAGCAAACGUCAGCACUGCCCAUAUUGAUGGCUUCCUGAUCAACCACUCCUAUCUGGAGCAGAACAUAGGCUACACAUUCCGGGAUCGCGGCUACCUCUUGCAGGCCCUGACCCAUCCGUCGUUUCCCACCAACCGCCUGAGUGGCUGCUACCAGGAGCUGGAGUUCAUUGGCGAUGCCAUACUCGACUUUCUCAUCUCUGCAUACAUUUUCGAAAAUAAUACCAAGCUGCGUCCCGGCCAGCUCACGGAUCUGCGCUCGGCCUUGGUCAACAACACAACACUGGGCUGCAUCUGCGUGCGCCACAAGAUUAAUUUCUUCAUUCUGGCCGAGAACACGCUCCUCUCCGAGACCAUCAGCAAGUUUGUGAAUUUCCAGGAGAGCCAGGGACACCGAGUCACCAACCAUGUCCGCUUUCUGAUGGAGGAGCGAGAUGUGCAGCCUGAUAUUCUGGAUGUAGAUGAUGAAGUGGAUCAGGCCAUGGAAAAUUUAUCGGGAGACGGUCCACGCAUCGGGGCUUUCAACUUGGCGCAGAACGUAGAUGUGCCCAAGGCUUUGGGCGAUGUCCUGGAGGCCCUCAUUGCGGCCGUGUACUUGGAUUGCCACGAUCUGCAGACAACCUGGCAGGUGAUCUACAACAUGUUUGAGCCCGAGCUAAAGGAGUUCUCCCGCAAUAUACCUAUCAGCCCGAUUCGUCAGCUGGAGGAGCACAAGCGGGCCCAUCCCGUUUAUGGUCCGCCCAUGGUUGACCAGGACGUGGUGAUGAUGUACUGCCAGUUCACGUGCCUGGACAAGACCCUUCGCGUCACUGGUGUCGGCACCAACAAGGAGCAAGCCAAAUUAGCUGCUGCCAAGAGCGCUCUUCAGAAAUUGGCUAAAUAUGAUCCAUAGCCCAUUGCCUGUGAUACCAGAAAGGCUUAGCCUUUACUUUGUCACUUAAUUUGCUAGUAAGAUUUUAUUGAACAAAGAGCGCAUUUCUCACCAUUAACUUUAA